AUGAAGGCUUUUAAAAGCUUCUCGGGGAGGCUCCUCAGCUGCCGGUUCACCACCUGCCUGCCCCUGCACGCCUCUGCCACCAUGUGGUUCCUGGCCCUGUGCCUUGCCCUGUCCCUGGCAGGGACUGGCGCUGCACCGGCCAUCCAGUCCCGGAUCGUAGGAGGCUGGGAGUGUCAGAAGGAUUCCCACCCCUGGCAGGUGGCUCUGUACCACUACCACGACUUGCAGUGCGGUGGCGUGCUGAUUAACCCCCAGUGGGUGCUCACCGCGGCCCACUGCAUAGGCGAAAAUUACCAGCUCUGGCUGGGAGUCCACAACCUGUAUGACGUCGAAGACGACGGCCAGUUCGCCCAGGUCAGUCAGAGCUUCCCGCACCCCCAGUUCAACCUGAGCCUCCUGAAGAACCACACCACCUACCCGGGAGAAGACUACAGCUACGACAUCAUGUUGCUCCGCCUGGAAGAGCCCGUGCAGAUCACAGACACCGUGGACGUCCUGGACCUGCCCACCCAGGCACCCGAGCUGGGGAGCAUCUGCUAUGCCUAUGGCUGGGGCAGCUUCACCUCAUACCCAUUCAAGUACCCAGAAAACCUCCAGUGUGUGGACCUCAAAAUCCUGCUCAACGAAUAUUGUGCCAAAGCCCACCCAGAGGAGGUCACAGACGUCAUGCUGUGUGCUGGAUACCUGGAGGGCGGCAAAGACACCUGCUCGGGCGACUCAGGGGGCCCGCUGAUCUGCGACGGUGUGCUUCAAGGAAUCUCGUCAUGGGGCCACACCCCCUGUGCCCGACCCAACAAGCCUGGGGUCUUCACCAAAGUUGUGUCCAUGCUGGACUGGAUCAAGGAGACCAUGGCAGCCAACUCUUGAACGCUUCCGCCCUCUCCCUGAGCCCAAAUAAAACCUGAUAUGCAUCAAA